GCUUUGCCAAAUACGAUUCCAGUUUUUGAUUACCAAUCAGCUGUACUACCCGAGCACUUCAAAUAAUUCUAAAACGUAGUCCCAUAUUAAAAAUGAUUUCAGUUAUCCUUAUUGGAUUUUCGUGCCUUUCAAAUGUCUACGCCUAUCACGAUCCGGACCUUAACUACCAUUUGAGCCAAGUGCAAACUCUACAAGGUUGUGGUGAUGCUGGCUACUCGUAUCCCGCUCCAGCCGUGCAGCUUACUACUAAUGUUCAGCCAACCGAAGCCCCGAGACUUAUACAACCGGCUCUGCAGGCUCCGAUAAACAAAUACACCAUUAACAAAGGAUAUACACAGUUCUUUGAGCCGGCAGUACAGCAAUUGUCAUACCAAUCACAGCCGACCUAUAGAGGAGCCCAAAGUUUCGAAUCCUAUAGCCUAGCGCAGGGAGAGCAGCAUGGAUAUGCGACGUCUCAAGGCUUGUCAGCGGCAUCGCAAACUAGAACCGUGACUCCUUUAGCGACAUACGCACAAGCACCAAUCAUAGCUAAAAUAACUGCCGCACCUUUACACGCCAAGUUUUCAGUGGCACCAGCAAAAACAUACUUGCCCCAAAACAUUUUCACUCAGCAAGCUGUCUCGACUGGCUCCCUGGCGAAGGCAUCACUUAACUCUUAUAAUAUAGAAACAUCUGGACCCGUCGUAUCCCAAGUAAUUGCUCCUGCCAGUGUGCGCUAUGCGACUGCUCCGACUUUACGAGUCCAGAGCAACCCAACAGUUUAUACGUCAGCGUCUAAUCAAUACAACCAGGAAUCAUUUGCGACAACCUAUAACCAAUAUAGUCAAGCAAGUAAUGCCGCAAGAGUGAGUUCAGUGUAUAACGCACCAGCUCAAUAUUCAGUAAGUCAAGUAUCACCAGUAAACCAGUAUGUGGCGCCUGCUGUGCAGUAUACGGCACCACCAGUAGUUCAGUACACGCGGCCAGUUGUUACACAAUAUUCAGCGCCAGUCAUAUCCCAACAUGUUACACCAGUGAAACAGUAUUCUUCGCCAGUAGUGGUCCAAAGUGCUCAGAACUACUAUUCAAGGCCAGUGCUAACUCAACGUAUUGCUCCUGUGGCAGCCGUAUCUCCUGUACGAGUAUUAUCCACCGCCCAACAUGCAAAGAACGUACACACGGAAUUUCUGGAAAACUAUGACGCCCAUCCUCGUUACGCUUUCGAGUAUGGAGUGAACGAUCCUCACACUGGUGAUAUCAAGCAACAGAAAGAGGAAAGAGACGGAGAUGUUGUUAAAGGUCAAUACUCACUGGUGGAACCGGACGGUUCCGUUCGAACUGUCAACUAUGUAGCUGAUUGGGAAACCGGGUUUCAUGCUAAUGUCCACAACAGUAAAGACGACAAGCAUUAAUUAUUACUAAGAUAAGGAUUAGAUCGAGCAAGGUCAAAGGACCAAGGUUCAAUCACAAUGUUGAAUGAUUCAAUUUGGUAGGCUGUUUUACAUAAAAUUGUUAAUUAGGGGAUCAGAGUUGUCAUAUCGAAGAUGAUGUUAUGAGUUAAAGGUAACUUAGUUGUCAAUUCAUUAAAAAUUAUGAAUGAAUGAAGCUUUAAAACAUUAGUUCCUUUAAAAAAAUAUAUUUUAUUCGAUUCAAUAGAAUAUUGUCUCACACCUCAUAUUGAUCAAGAAAUAAUUGUGAAAUUUUUAUUUAUCCACUUAAAAAAAUCUAUCCCAUUAGAAAAAGAUUAUGUGUAAAAUGUUUGUUUGUGAAACUUUUUUAUUCCUAUAAUUUAAAAGCUAUCAUUACUGUGAUAGUAUUAAUGUUUUAUUAUCUCUUAGUGCAACGUACAUUGUUUAAAAUAAAAUACUAUUUAAUAAAUACUAUAUUUGUCUUUGUAAAACACAGUCAAAAUUUUAGCACCCAAGUUAUAGUUAAUUUAAAAAAAAAACAUAAAUCAUUAAACAACAACAAACUUAGUAACAGAUGUACCAUUAUAAUAACACUUUGGACAAGUAAAGUCUGUAUCAGCCAUCUUGUUAGCCUGAAAAACAAACAAAUUUAAUAAAUAUUUAUCUAGCACCAAGAAUGUAUUAAAAUUACUGAGAAAAUUAAAAUGAAACUACAGCUUUGGUUGGUCAAAAAAGACAGUUGUAUGAAAAUGCAAUUUUUUUAAAUAUAGUAAAUAUUUUAAAGUCUGUAGUGAGAAUAGUAGAAAAUUUUUAACCUGCAAACAAUAAUAACAGAAUAUAUGAGAGCAACCCAUGACAUGUGGUAGUAUUGGUUUUUCCGAACAAACUGCACAAACUGUGUUUACAUUCAUGAUUGCUUGAGAAGUUUUAUUUGACGGUCUUGUAUAAUUUCUCCACCAUACAUAUUUUAAUAUUUUUGAGAGCUUCUGCCGUAAUCCAAACAUAUUUACUAGAGAUAAUGAUGUUCCAAUUAAUUC